UUAAUAGACGACGACGAAGACGAGAUCUUAGAAACUGAGAGCGAUCAGCGUUCGUAGUAGGAAGAGGAGGAGAUCAUCCUCGGCUUCGAUUUCUGCUGAAUCCGAUUCUCAGGAAUCAGAAUCAUAGAUCCAACAGAAGAAGGAAGAAGACAUCAAUUUUGAUCCCGAUCGCUUCAAUUUCAAGAGGGGAUGGAGAAGGGAACAAACGCGACUAUAACGGUGUUGUUUCCAUUUCUGAUUCUCUUCUUUACCAUUCAUCUUCUACCCUUUACUCAAGCCAUAUGGUUGAAUCUCCCUGCCACGGGAACUAAGUGCGUAUCUGAAGAAAUUCAGAGUAACGUCAUCGUUUUGGCUGAUUACGUCGUUAUCUCCGAAGACCAUACUCAUUCCUCCCCAACUAUUUCCGUUAAGGUGACUUCACCUUAUGGGAACAACCUUCAUCACAGUGAAAAUGUCACACACGGUCAGUAUGCAUUUACAACUAGUGAAUCUGGCAACUAUUUGGCUUGUUUUUGGGUGGAUGGUAAUCACCAAGGAAAUGGAGAAGUAAGUGUUAAUCUUGAAUGGAGAACCGGCAUUGCAGCUAAGGACUGGGAAACGGUUGCAAGAAAAGAGAAAAUUGAGGGUGUUGAGCUCGAGUUGAGAAAACUGGAAGGAGCAGUUGAGGCUAUUCAUGAAAAUUUGCUCUACUUAAAGAGCAGGGAGGCAGAUAUGAGAGCUGUGAGUGAAACGACGAAUGCUAGGGUUGCUUGGUUCAGUAUAAUGUCCUUGGGGGUCUGCAUCGCUGUUUCGGGUCUGCAAUUAUGGUAUUUGAAGCGAUUUUUCCAAAAGAAAAAAUUGAUUUAGUGAGACUUUUGAGACAUACUUACUUUUCCUCUUAAAACCCAUCUUUCAUUUCCGCGUAAAAAAAAUUAAAAAUAAAAAAAUCUUCCUUAUAAAUUAUAUGCAGACUGGUGUAAUGAGAUUUUGUUGAACUUAUUGUAAGCUAUUCUGCUAAUAGAGUGACAAAUCUUAGGUUAAGACUGUAAGCAUGUGAUCAUAACUUUAGUUGUCAUCUGUUUUCGCUAUUCCUUUCAAUAUCGUAAAAAUACUCAUUUUAUA